GAUCCGCCGUCAUUCGCUUUCAGGACGACUAGAGAAGAGGUCGGGCAGUCAUGGUGGACAAUUGGGAGCCAGAGUUCUCCGCGUCGGCAACUGGAAAUGCCGUGCUGGACGCGGCGCGUGGUGUUACGGGGUCAGGAGCUGCAGCCGAGCAGGAGCAGGGCAGGGCGGAGUGGACGCGGUUGGAGCUCUGCAUUAUUGCUAGUCUGCAGCUCGUGCUGGUGCUGGUAGCCUACCGCAUGGACCGGUCGCAGCACCCGAUGCUGAUCUCCGAGUCAGCUGUUGCCAUCUUUUUCGGUGUAUUGUUUGGCGUCGGCAUACUGAUCUUCUAUCCGAUGGAAUCACUGAACAAUGGCAUGGACCCGGAGGUGCUUUUUUACGCAUUGCUGCCACCUAUUAUCCUGGAAGCUGGAUUCAAUAUGAAGAAAACAGGAUUCUUCUCCAACUUUAAUGCAAUUAUGCUGCUGGCUAUUGUGGGGACAUUAAUUGCCACAUUCAUCACGGGUGGUAUGUUGCUUUGGAUUGGAGACAUGGGACUUAUCACCAAGCUGACAGCUGCAGAGGCAUAUCUUUACGGCGCUCUAAUCUCAGCAGUGGAUCCGGUCGCCACGCUGUCGGUGUUUAAGAAGAAUGGUGUGCCUCCGCUUCUCUUCAAUCUUGUCUUCGGUGAAAGCAUGCUGAAUGACGGCGUUGCCAUCGUGUCGUUCACGCUGUUUCAGGGCCUUAUUCGAAGUGGUAUAGCUGAUGUCACGUUGAAUAACGCGGGCCUCAUUAUUAUCGAGGUGUUCGGCAUCGGCCUCGGUUCAGUUGGCCUGGCAGCAAUCGUGUGCUUCACGUCAGCGUUUUUGCUCAAGCAAGCCGACCCCGUGCUGCAACAGUAUCCCUCGUACGAGAUCUCAAUUGUGCUGCUGUCAGCAUACUUGAGUUAUGUGAUCGCUGAUCUCGUUGGAAUGAGCGGGAUCGUGGCGCUGUUCUUUUCGGGCGUGCUAAUGAGCCACUACCACUUGUACAAUAUCGCAGACGAGAGUGCGACGGCUCUGAGGCAUCUACUGACGACUUCAUCAUUCCUGGCAGAGAACUUCGUCUUCGUCUACAUGGGCAUGAGUGUGGUAGCGUACUCGGGGUAUUUUACGUGGGACUGGGGAUUUAUUCUCGCCAACUUGAUCGCAUGCCUCGUAGGCCGCAUGUUGAACACAUUCCCGAUGUGUAUGCUUGCGAACUUUGGUCGUUCCGAAGACAACAAGAUCCCAUGGAGUCACAUGGUGGUCAUUUGGUUUGCUGGGCUUCGCGGAGCUAUUGCUUUUGCACUAGCAUUGAACGUAUACACGCCCAACCGAGUGCAUGCAAGUGUCAUCCAGAGCACGACGCUUUUUACCGUCAUGUUUACGACUCUGGUAAGUGUCACGAGCGAUUCAAUCACUGAUUUGUCUAACACAAGGGGCGUAUAUUUGAAUACUGUAGGUGUUUGGGAUGGGUACAAGCCCAGUGCUUCGCUACUUUGGCUUAACAGCUACGCAGAAGCAGGAGCGAGAGUUCGAUGAGUACGCUGAUGUCUACUAUAAUUUGUUUGUGGGCAAUGCUUUGUAAAAGCUCUAACGGAAUCGCGUUAUUUGCUCAACAGUGAGGGUGCCCACGAACGUUUGCUGGAUGAUGACGAUGAACAUGAUGCCGACACUUCUUUCCAUCCCAUUGAUCGUUCAGUUUCUCGCCGCAAUAUCAGUGGUAUUCAUGGUGUUUGGGAACGCAUUGAUGAGAAAUACUUGAAGCCACUCUUUGGCGGCCGUCCGCGAGACCAGCAACAAGAAUCGGGCGAGCCAAUCGCAACCAGCACCAGAAAUUGCAUCGAGCAUCAAGAGCCGGAGCACAGCCCCAGACUAUCCUCGCCUAAUUCUCCGACGUUAGCUGAGAUCGCGAAGAAACACGAUAACGAUGAGGAUGUAGUGUAAGGCACAAUGUAGCCAUGUUGAUCUGGAAUAUCAAAAUCUUUCAAAAAAUUUAGGGCUUCCAAAUAUUAUCCUCCCUUAAGGCAUAUCUCCCCU